UUGAGAGAGAGGUCAAGUGGUCAACAACAGAGACCUGGGUACACCUACAAUUUUUGGGCACGCUUACAACAUUUGAUUAGUCUUUACUUUUCUCUUUUUCAUCAAAUAAUCUCUCACUAAAUUCUCGAUAUAUAAAUCCAAUGUUUCGAUCUCUCCAACUAAAUCUUGAUUUUUUAGUGAAAAUAUCAAGAUUUCCACAGCACCCAACUGGGUCUUCAUCAUUUGUCAGUUUGAUGCAGUAGAGAUUGAAUCUUUGAGGUUUAGUACUCAUCCUAUAAAGUACAUACAUACAUAUAUUGUCUGUAUUUAAUUGGGUUUUUGAUCUUUUGUUGUUAUAUUGUGUGAUUGUGCUUAUUUAGGUUUGUCUGUUGUUGUGUGAUCUUGGGUUGUUGUGUUGGAUCUUUAUGUGUUCUUGAUGUUGGUUUUGUGAAUUCUUCAAGAAAUUCUUGAUGUUUGUUGUGUUGUGGUAGAGUUAGAGUCUUGAAUUUAUGGCUUUGUAUAAGAGGGGUAGAAUUAGAGAUGGCGAUUUGCGGCGGUUUAUACCAGUACUUGUUAUAACUUUGGUAGGGGUUUAUUUCUUGCUGUUUCUGCCUAGGACAAGUCUAGUUGUUGAUAAUGAAGAUACUGUUAAAAUUGAUGAGGUUAGUGAGGGUGAGGAGGUGAAAUUUAGUGGGAGGAUUAAUUUACCGAAGCAGAAUGAGCUUUCGGUUAUGUUACAAAGUAGGAAUCAGUUACCUCCAAGGAACUUAGAUCUGUUUCCGACUUUAGCGAAAGAUCGGAUAGUGAUUGUGCUUUAUGUCCAUAAUCGACCUCAGUAUCUUCGGUUAGUUGUUGAUAGUCUUUCCAGUGUUGUGGGGAUUAAGGAAACUUUGCUUAUUGUUAGUCAUGAUGGGUACUUUGAAGAGAUGAAUAAGAUUGUGGAAGGUAUUAAGUUUUGUCAAGUGAAACAAAUUUUUGCUCCUUACUCGCCACAUGUUUUUCCGGAUAGCUUUCCUGGCGUGUCCUCGAAAGAUUGUAAGAGUAAAGAUGACCCGGUUAUUAAACAUUGUGAAGGCAACCCUGAUCAAUAUGGAAACCAUCGGUCACCAAAGAUUGUAUCUUUGAAGCAUCAUUGGUGGUGGAUGAUGAAUACUGUGUGGGAUGGUUUGAAGGAAACUCGUCAGCACUCUGGUGAUAUUCUUUUCAUCGAAGAGGAUCACUUUAUAUUUCCUAAUGCAUAUCGUAACCUGCAGUUUCUUGUCAAUAUGAAGCCUAAAAAGUGUCCUGAUUGCUACGCCACAAACUUGGCACCCUGUGAUGUAAAGUCAAGGGGAGAGGGGUGGGAGACUUUGAUUGCAGAGAGAAUGGGAAAUGUGGGUUAUGCAUUUAAUCAUACUGUAUGGAGGAAAAUACACAGGAAGACAAGAGAAUUCUGUUAUUUUGAUGAGUACAAUUGGGAUAUAACCAUGUGGGCAACAGUGUAUCCUUCAUUCGGUGGCCCUGUUUAUACACUACGAGGCCCUCGUACUAGUGCAGUUCACUUUGGGAAAUGUGGUUUACAUCAAGGUCAAGGAGAGAGCGCUGCUUGUGUUGAUGAUGGUAAUAUGAAGAUUGAUGUAGAAGACAUUGAUAAGACCGUGAAUCUUAAGCCAAACUGGGGAGUACAUGUAUAUACACACCAAUCGGGAUAUAAAGCUGGGUUCAAGGGUUGGGGAGGCUGGGGAGAUGAGAGGGAUCAUCAGCUCUGCUUAGAAUUUGCAAAUAUGUACCAUGUGGGAGGCACACACUUGUGAAAGGUCGGUAGCAAUUUUUGUUCUCUUGGUUUCAAAUGAGACAGAUAACUAGUAUUAGAAGCAACUAUUACACUUGUAAUAUUUUUGUAAUAUCUUAUUUUUUUUUAACCAGAGCAUUAAUAUUUGGAGUUAAAAACGAUUGUCUAGCUCUUAAAAGAUUAAUUUGAUAUCAAGUUGUUAACUACGUGUGGAUGCACUCCUUGAUUUGAGUAGCAAGACAUUUCAGAAGCACUAUGCGUUGCAAAAUAUAUAUCCACUUAUUCGGGUUUCACUUUA